UACUUGACAAAAGUGCAACAGGGGUGCGAUAUCACCCCAUGAUAAUCCGUUUCUGUUUAUCAUUAGCUGCUAAGUCUCCAUCUUCUUACGAUGAACUGAGGAACAGUGGUAUUCUUGUUCUACCAAGUCAAAGAUCGCUGAGGGACUACAGGAACUACAUCAGGCCUACAAGAGGGUUUCAAGAAAGUGUUAUUGAAGAACUGAAGAGUCAGACAAAUUCAUAUUUUGAUGUACAAAGGUACAUCACUCUGCUCUUUGAUGAGAUGAAGAUUUUGUCAAAUCUUGUUUUUGAUAAGGUUACAGGAGAGCUGAUUGGUUAUGUUGACCUGGGUGAUCCAGAUGUGAAUUUUGCAACUCUCAACAAAGCASAUGAAAUUGCCACUCAUGCKUUGGUAUUCUUAGUCCGGGGCAUGUGUACUAACUUAAAGUUCAGCCUGGCCUACUUUUCCACUACUGGAAUAACCUCAUUCCAGCUGAUGCCUCUAUUCUGGGAAGCUAUCUCUAUUCUUGAAACAAACUGCAAUCUAUGGGUGAUUGCAGCUACGUAUGAUGGUGCAUCACCAAACCGCAGCUUCUAUAGGAUGCACAAGGCCCUUGAUGUUGGAGCUCAUAAAGAUGUAUGUUAUCGCACAGUUAACCUUUAUGCAACUCAUAGAUACAUCUAUGAAAGCUUUUUCUCUGAUGCGCCUCAUCUAAUAAAGACCACUAGAAACUGCUUGUAUCACUCAGGAUCUGGAUCAUGUACACGGUAUGUGAGACUGGGGCGAGCGAUGAACGAGUGA